AUGUUACAGCAGCUGCCAUUUGUUUUAAGUAAUACAGUUUCAGAUGAUGAUGGUAGGCAGCACCCAUAUAGUAGAAUACGGUUAAAAAUGUUACAGUGCUUGGUGGCCAGAUUAUUGGAUAAAAUAUUGAAAUUUUAUGCAAAAACAUUUUCAACUUCACCACUAAACAUCACAAGAGAAAUAUAUACAAGUUUGGCCAAGCACAUAGAGACAUAUUUUCUAUUUAGAGAAAACAAGAUUAUUAAUGUUGCAUCUGGAGUGGAUAUUGCCAACCCAGACAUCGCUCGUUUAUUAAAGAAGUUUCGUCUUUUAAAUGAGUUUCAGAAAGAUACACCAUCAUUUUGGAUUCGACACCCAGAGAAGUACAUGGAAGAGAUUGUAGAGAGUACUCUGUCAUUGCUUACAGUAACUUAUGAGCAGAUGCAGAGGAAUGAGACUUCCCAGAAAACACUGGAGCCUGUACAUUUUCUUGCAAUGCUGGAUAUUAAAGCUACUUGGUUCAGGAAGUGGAUGCAUGGGUAUUACAGUAGAACAGUAGUCCUAAAGCUUCUUGAAAAGAAAUACAAAUCACUGAUUGCUGCAGCUGUUCAACAGUGUUGUGAUUAUAUUGAGUCAUGUGAAAUAGGAAUAAAUGACACUGUCCAGUUAAGCUCCAUGUUAAAUCAGCAAGAAAUCAGUAACAAACAACGAAGACCUUUCUAUACUGAAAAAGAACUUUAUUAUAUUUAUUUUGUUCAUUCGGUGUGUCUUUUGGGAAGACUGUUAAUAUAUGCCCAUGGAAGAAAACUGUUUCCUGUUAAAACUAAAAAGAGAAAUGAGCCAGUAUCACUCAUGGACCUGAUAGUUUUGAUAAUUCGGAUUUUGUGCAGAAAUCCAAAUGUAGCACACAGAAGUUUAACUGGACAGUCAGAUUCCUACUCACCAGCAAGCCUUGUGGUGGAAGUUCUUCGACUUUUAUGUGACCGCAAAGAGUGCGCUACAGAGUGUCUGUACAAAAGCAGAGUACUAGAUGCACUGCUUUAUCCUAUUUCUGCUUUACUGAAAGGAAGGCAGGUUUACAGUAAUGGAGAUGAAAUUACACUGACAUACAUUGCUGAUGUAUUGGCAAGAAUUGCUUCCACUGAAGGUGGUCUUUCCCUGCUUCUUUACGGUGAAAAUGCCAAGACAGCUCAAAAGGAAAUCACUUCAUCUGCACACACAAUUGUCCAGUUUACCAAAAAAUUGCUUACUGAUGAGAUUGCUGCUGCCUCGGAGUCAGAGGUAUCACCCCUUCUUAAAGGAGCUUUCAUUUUUGUGUGCCGACAGAUGUAUAAUACCUGUGAGGGUUUGCAAGUGCUCAUUCCAUAUGGGUUGCACAAAUGUAUUGCAGAGGCAUGGAAGAAGGCUAGUUUACUUUCUGAGAGAGCUCCUACUCCAGUGGCUGGAGUCGAGUCAAGUACCUCAGUAGCACAAGAACUACAAAACAGCAUGCAGUGGGAAGAGAUGCUUUUAGACAGUUUGCUGAACUUUGCUGCAACUCCAAAGGGGGUUCUACUUCUUCAGCAGACAGGAGCCAUCAAUGAGUGUGUGACCUACAUGUUCAGCAGAUUCACCAAAAAACUUCAGGUCAGCAGAUGUGAAAAGUUUGGCUAUGGUGUGAUGGUUACACAAGUUGCAGCAACAGCUCCAGGCACUGUGGCACUUGAAAGUUCAGGGUUCAUCCAAGCCCUUGUGUCUGAGCUGUGGUCUGUGCUAGAGUGUGGAAGAGAUGACACUAGAGUUAUUCAUCCCAAAUCAACUCCAAUAGAUCCCAUUGACCGUAGCUGUCAGAAGUCUUUUCUAGCACUGGCGAAUUUGUUGUCAUCGUAUUAUGCUGUGUAUGAGCUGACUGGUAAGCAGAAGUUACCCAAUAAGACAGAGUAUUUUCUUCGUGAAGUACCAGCCUCUGUUAUAGAUGUCAUAGAUCGACUUGUAAUCAUUAACUCAGAUGCCAAAGUUGUCUCUUUGUUCAACUAUGAGCAAUCUCACACAUUUGGACUAAGAUUGCUAAAUGUUUUGUGCUGCAGUCUUGACACACUCCUCCUUUUGGAAGCUCAGUACAAAGUAUCAGAACUGCUACUGAAAGCACAGAGGGAAAAUGUGACAGAAACUUCAGGACGUUCUGAGGAUUUUAUAAUUGAUGGUCUCUCAGUUGAAAGAAACCAUAUCCUUGUAAGAAUGAAUCUUGUUGGAGGACCUUCGGAACGGAUUCUGCCACCUAGAGCAUUACAGAAAGGCAGUGAUCCAUAUCCAUGGCCAAUGUUCUCAUCCCUUCCUUUGCCAAAGUGUUAUCUACCUGAAAAUGCUAAAGGAUCCACUUUAAAACAAGAUGCUGAUUUUAGCAAAAUUCUAUUGUCAUCAAAAAAACAUGAAAAGCAUAUUGGAUGGCCAGAGAGCUGCAGGAAACAAUUUAGUAAAACCAUGAUAGCAAAGCCUGAUGCAAUCCAGGGUGUCGUUUUGGCAGAUCUACUAGAAAAAUUUGUUAUGCAUGUUUCAGACACCUCAUCAGAAUGCUACUUUAGUAUCCCUGAAUACAAAGGUGAUACAAAUUUGAAGAACCAAACUCUUUCAUCUGAGCAGCAACUAGGCAUAAAAAUGACUGUAAGGUAUGGGAGGCAGAUGAAUAUCUUGAAAGACAGUGCUGAACAAGAUCUCACUUGGCUACUGAAACACUCUGAGAAUUUCCUUAAGAAGCAGCAAACCCCAGUAAACUCUCCACUUCGUUGUCUGCAGGGAGGUUAUGCAGGCCAUGACUGGUUUGCCUCUUCGUUGUUCCUGAUAAUGUCAGGAGACAAAGACAGAGCAUUAAAAUUUCUUCAGCGUUUUGCCAGUCUUCUUGUCUCUGCAUUUCUCUGGCUUCCUAGAUUGUAUGCUUCGAUUCAUCUACCAGUUGAUAUCAUUAAGUCUGGCAUACAUCCACUAUAUUCAUGUAUAUCACACUACAUUGAGAUGUUACUGAAGCAAGAGGUGCCGCUUGUCUUUUCAGCUUUUCGCAUGUCAGGAUUUACACCCUCCCAGAUUUGUCUUCAGUGGCUGGUUCAGUGCUUUUGGAAUUACUUGGACUGGUGCGAGAUAUGCCAUUAUAUUGCAACCUGCAUAGUCCUUGGUCCUGACUACCAAGUAUAUAUGUGCCUAUCUGUGCUUAAGCAUCUCCAGCCAGAAAUUCUUCAGCACACACAGUCACACGAUCUACAAAUAUUUCUGAAGGAAGAAGCCAUCACUGGAUUUCAAGUGCACAAGUAUUUGGAGUACAUGGAAAAUCUUGAGCAGGCGUACAGACCAAUGAUAAUGACAGAUAUGAAGAAGAUCCGGCAACAGAGUGAUUGAUUAUGGAAAAUUAUGCUAUAAUGUAAAUAAAUAUAUCUCAUUAUGUAUGUAUGUAAAUAGCUUUAGUUAGGGAAGUACUAAAUGAAACAGAUAAUUUAUUUUCUGUAUUAAAAGUGCAAUAUUAAGUACACCUUCACUGAUUCUGUUUGGAUGACUGUAGUUUGUGAAGUGGUGUAUAUGGCUAGCUUAAAUAAAUGCCAGUUUGUAAGUUCUGUUAAAAUUUAUAAUGAAUGGUUCAGAUUUAAAUACUGUUUUCUGAUUUCUAAAAUAAUAUGUAAAUAUUAAUAUUUAAAAGGGUGUGGAUUUGCUGGGAGUUAAAAACUCUCAAUCUGCAUAGAAAGGCACAAGGUGACUCUGGGUGUCAUCACUACAUUCAGGAUGUUGAUUAACCCUCACCAAAUGCAUAUCCAGGAGGGGAUUAUUGCAUUUAUAACACUGACUUUGUUACCCACCACAAAUUGAUUGUUUUAGUGUAUCACCCUUGCAACUGAGUUCCUUUUUAUAUAAUCAUUGAGCAAGAUAGCCUGCAAUGAGAAUGAUUACAGUUAAAUUUUUGUUUUUAUUAUUAUUAUGAAACAGUGUACUUUUUAUUCUGUAUUGUUCACUUUGCUGGCUUGUUCUAUAUUUAUAUCAAAUGUAUUAUCUUUUCCCGCUACAUAUGCCUAAGUAAUAAGGCGCUUUAUAUGUGGGAAGGACAUAGCAGAAUACGUGGGAUAGUUCAGCUGCUUUACAUCCUAACUAAGUAUUUCUGCUGCUGCAAGCGCUUAAUCUUAAAGCGCUGUGCAUCCGGAACCUGUGUUUUUCUUUUCUGCUGCAAGCGCUUAAUCACUAAAGCGCUGUGCAGUCGGAACCUGUGUUUUCAUUUCUGCUGCAAGCGCUUAUUCAUUAAAGCGCUGUGCAGUCGGAACCUGUGCUUUUAUUUCUGCUGCAAGUACUUACUCAUUAAAGCGCUGUGCAGUCGGAACCUGUGUGUUUUUUCUGCUGCAAGUGCUUAGUCAUUAUAGCGCUGUGCAGUCAGAACCUGUGUUUACUGAUAUGUUUCUUGGAUUACUGAAUAAUGCAAUAAUGUACUAGUAACUGGUUAAAUUGUGCUAUUUGCUUGGUAAGCUGUACUGUGUUAUCACCACUUUCUAUUUAAGUAUACGCACAACUGUUUUAGCAUUUAGCACGUGGUUACAAUAGCUGUUUGGUGUGCAGUUGGAACCUGUGUUCUUAUUUUCUGCUGCAAGCACUUAGUCAUUACAGCGCUGUGCAGUUGGAACUUGUGUUUAGUGAUUCGUUUUUCUGAGUAAUGAAUAAUUCAGUAAUGUACUAGUGACUAAUUAAAUUGUGUUACUUGCUUGGUAGGUGAUACUUUGUUAUCACCACUUUCUGUUUGAGUAAACGCACUACUGUUUUAGCGUUUAGCACGUGGUUUACUAUAGCUGUCUGGGGCACUACUCUGUUAUUUAAACGGCAUGUAUGUAAGUGUCGCUAUUGCCCUCAAUUGAUAGUUGUUUUGUGUAGGGUGUACCUGCUUGUUUGAGGAAUUCUAAUUAACUGUUUUACUCUUUGUUUUUUGUUUCCCUUCUCUCUCCAUUGCUUCUUCUAGCUUAGACUCCUGCCUAUCCUGUUCUAACCCACCAGCGCCCUCCCAGAGGCUCUUGCCAAGAACACACAAAAGGACCCUUACAUAUUCUACUAAGAGCACAUAUUGCUCCCUGAGCACAACUCCUAUCAAGACUUUAAGUGAAGUAUGUGUACUGCUUAUAUCAUGUAGUACUAAUAGACACUUCUACACCAGGUCGCAGUACACUUACCUGCCAGCCUAGCCAGCAGCCACAAUCCCUCUCUCCCACUCUGGUUAACUAAAUCCCUUUCUACCUUCUAUAUUUUCUCCCUCUAUCUUGGUCCAUGAUAUCCCCUUCCCUUCCCUCCACCUGAUAUCUCUCUUUCUGGGUUCUGAACACCUGAGUGGUGCUUCUCUCCCAGGUCCAUCCAUCUGUCCUCACUCCUCCUUAUACACCUCCUCUCUACCCUUGUAAACCUCUUACCUUCUCUUACUGGCCUCCAUCCAUAUAUCCACCCUCCACUCCUUUCCCCCCUCAGUCUUCCUUUCUCUCACAAUUCACUGCAAGCUUACCUUAGAUUACCUCUUCUUCUGAUUGUCUCCUUCACAUUCUUCUCCUUUGGCUUUUAUAUCAUGUAGUACUAAUACACUUCUACACCAGGUCGCAGUACACUUACCUGCCAGCCUAGCCAGCAGCCACAAUCCCUCUCUCCCACUCUGGUUAACUAAAUCCCUUUCUACCUUCUAUAUUUUCUCCCUCUAUCUUGGUCCAUGAUAUCCCCUUCCCUUCCCUCCACCUGAUAUCUCUCUUUCUGGGUUCUGAACACCUGAUCCCAUUCUCUAGCAUCAUCCAAUAUGCAGAUGACUCAACUAUCAUCUGUUCUGCCUCCUCUAUUGCUACACUACAAAAACUAACUCAAGAUGCCUUCUCUUCCACAGAGCAAUGGAUGCUAAGUAAUCAUCUAGCUCUCAAUGGUACCAAAACCAAACUAAUGUUAUUUACUCCCUCUAAAGUCACUCCACCCGACAUGGAUACAUUCUUAAUUACUACUCAAAACAACUCUCCUCUUGAAAUAGUGUCAGAGACCAAACUACUUGGGGUUCUAAUCGACAACCAACUUAAAUUUAACUCCCACC